CGCGCAAACUGGAUUCUUGACUCCUCAGUCCCAAUCAAGUAUGCAUUAACACGUAAAAGACAUUUAUGCACCAAUUAUCAUACAGACCACAGAAGUAAGUAAACAAGCGGUUCCAAUCCUGUGGCUUCCUCUUUCAUCAAUGACAAGAGUAAAUACUCUCAGAACACAGACCCCAAAAAGCAAUAAAAAGAUGAUCGGAAAAACAAUACCCCAUUACCAAGAAAGACCAGAUUCGACAAAAUCUUGGGAAUAUCACACCAAACCCUAAUACAAAUCUACAAUCACGCAGAACAACAAUCGGAAACAUACAUCGAAGAGCCCAUCAACCCUACGCAUCCGUUACUCAAAAGCACAGAAUCCAAACUAAUCUACCAAUCAACCAAUCAAAAAAACAGCAGCAAUGAAAACAGCCAACAAGAAUCGCAAGAUCGGGACCCUUUCCGGCUACGGUGAACAAAACAAACGGGAACAAUAACGAACACGCGAAGAAGCAGAAAAGAGCACCUCCAAAAGAUACCGAAAGAAACAGCGAAGGACAACGAAACGCGGAGAGCGUCAAUCAGAACAGAUCUCCGGGAGAGUAGCGGAGGCAAUGGAGGCUGAAGGAAAGGAAGGAUUGGCUUUUUCUAGGGCUUUUGGGGGAGAACUUGCAGGCAGCUAUUCCGUUUGUAUUGUGGAGAAGGAUUGCGGAACCGUCAGUGACAACACCCUAACUUUGUUUUUAUAGGCUUCGCCGCAAUUGGGCUUUGCAAUUGCGGGCCGAUGAGAUGCAGAAGAAACACCAAAAGGCCCAUACAGUAGAGGCCCACUCCAUCUCCGUUUCUUCAUCACUUCUUCAACCUCUCUCUCUCUCUGUCUGAUUGUUGUCUCGUUUACUCUUGCCGGCCGCCGCUACCGGCUUUUCGUCGGUCUCUUCGACCGGCUAUCUUCAUCGUCAGGGAGAGAAGGAUAACCGACUGAAGCAGCGUUUUAAUUUCUUCAGAACUCGAAGAUGACUGAUGUCUCACACAACGGGAGCCAUUGGCCUCUUGCUGCAUCAAUGCGCGAAAUUGAAGGCCUACAGUCGAGGUCUCGCCCUCCAAGCCGUUGCUUACAAGUCCGGCCUCCAUUCGGAUGUCGUGGUAUCCAACCAUGUCCUCAACGUGUAUGCCAAAUGCGGGAAGAUGUCUUCUGCUAGACAAGUGUUCGACGAAAUGCCGCAGAGAAACCUUGUUUCCUGGUCGGCCAUGAUUUCUGGCUAUGACCAGGUUGCCGAACACUGGUUGGCACUGGAACUCUAUUCCCAGAUGUGUUCUUUUCUCCCCAACGAGUAUGUAUUCGCCAGUGUCAUCAGCGCAUGUGCAGGUCUCGCGGCGCUGGUCGAGGGGCAGCAACUUCACGCUCAAUCCUUGAAGUUGGGUUGUACUUCCAUUUCUUUUGUGGCCAAUGCGCUCAUCUCGAUGUAUAUGAAAUGUGGUCGGUGCAGUGAUGGGUCAUUGGUCCACUCUGGGGUUUCAGACCCUACCCUCGUCUCUUACAAUGCUUUGAUUUCUGGGUUUGCUGAUAAUGGUCAAUCCAUUGAUGGGUUCAAAGUUUUCAGCCAGGUGCAACGACAGGGUCUUUUCCCGGACGAAUUCACAUUCGCUGGAAUUCUGAAAAUUUGCAGUGAUUCUACUGAUCAGCAAUUUGGUGCUGCAUUGCAUUGUCAAGCAAUGAAGCUGAAUUUGGAGUCUACUGCUUUCAUUGGCAAUGUCAUCAUUGGGAUGUACUCAAGCUUCAAGCUGAUAGAUGAAGCAGAGAAAGUUUUCAGAACAAUCAAAGACCGGGAUUUGAUAUCAUGGAACACAAUCUUGAGCACUUGUUCUAAUUGCUUCGAUCACGUGAGAGCACUAAGAGUACUCCGAGUUAUGAUAGCUGAUCAUCACGACUUGAAGCCCGAUGAUUUCACCUAUUCUGGUGCUCUUGCUGCUUGUGCAGGGCUAGCAUCACUAAAACAUGGUAAACAGAUUCAUGGUCAUCUGAUCAGGACAAGGCUGCAUAAUGACGUUGGCGUCAGUAAUUCCCUUAUGAACAUGUAUGCCAAAUGUGGUUCAAUAGUCAAUGCAUACAACACAUUCAACAGGAUGGGCUGCAGCCGGAAUCUGGUUUCAUGGAACACCAUAAUCGCUGGAUAUGGGAAUCACGGGCUUGGAAACAGGGCGCUUGAGCUUUCCCAGGACAUGAAAGCAGAGGGAAUGAGACCAGAUUCCGUUACAUUUCUCACUCUCUUAACGGCCUGCAAUCAUUCUGGGUUGGUGGGAGAAGGUCAACUGUGCCUUGAUUCCAUGGUUGAGAGCUACGGGAUCUUUCCUGAGACGGAGCAUCUCUCUUGCAUCAUCGAUCUGCUGGGAAGGGCUGGGAGAUUAAAGGAGGCGGAAGAUUACAUCGAAAGGUUUGAGUUUGGCGGGGAUCCAAUUGUGCUGGGUAGUCUGCUCGCUGCGUGUGUUCUGCAUGGAGAAGUUCCCAUGGGAGAAAGACUAGGUAAACGGCUUCUGAAACUCGAGCCUGCGACUACCUCGCCUUAUGUAUUGCUGUCGAAUCUGUAUGCCACGGAUGAGAAGUGGCAUGGUGUCGCAGAGACUAAGAAGUUGCUGAAGGUUAGUGGCCUGAAGAAAGAGCCAGGCCAUAGCAUGGUUGAAGUGAAUGAUACCUUUGAAAAGUUCACCAAAGGAGAUUUUUCGCAUUCCAGGAUUCUGGACAUCAGGGAGACCCUUAGAACUCUCAGUUCUGCGGAGGGAGAGACCGCCAUUUCUGCAGGAUACCAGAAUUAGGGAUUCAGUGUGGAUCAGAAUCAGAUUCCAAUCGACAUCGGUUCAGGAUGCUAGAAUUUUCUGCUGCUUUCUCUUGUGUAUUUGUUACUUGUAAGUUUUAACUAAAGUAUGUAUCGUUUU